CAACAAGGAAGAGGCGGGGCCUGUAUAAUGCAGCAUCAGGAAGGAACUGCUUAUGUAACUGGGACAGCAGAUGUAGCAGAAGGGGAGAGGAGGCAGAGGCUGGGGAUGGGAGCACUGAGCUGUCGGCAGGGACAACACACCCAGGUGUCUGCUCCUCAUGAGCAGGGUGGUAACAUCCCAGGCCCCUGGUUCUGAGGCUGGAAGAGCCUCUGGUCAGGUCUGGGAGAGCAGUGGGGACUGCGGGGGUGUCCAUGCCUGUGCCUGGAGCCAGCCCCACUACUCGUGAAGAAGCCUCUGUCGGAGUGGCCAGUGCCUCAGUUCAUCAACCUCUUUCUGCCGGAGUUUCCACCUAGGCCUCUUGGGCAUCAGCAGCUGAAGAUUUUAGGGCUUGUGGCUAAAGGCUCCUUUGGAACUGUCCUCAAGGUGCUAGAUUGUGGUCAGAAAGCAGUAUUUGCAGUGAAGGUGAUGCCCAAGGUAAAGGUCCUACAGAGGGACACCCUGAGGCCGUGCAAAGAGGAAAUUAACAUCCAGUGACGGAUCAACCAUCCUUUUGUACACAGUCUGGGGGACAGGUGGCAGGGAAAACGGCACCUCUUCAUUAUGCGCAGCUACUGCAGUGCAGAUCUGCAGUCCCUGUGGUCCACUGUUGGCUGUUUUGCUGAGGCUUCCGUCCGCCUCUUUGCUGCUGAGCUGGUCCUGGUGCUGUGCUAUCUCCAUGACUUGGGCAUCAUCCAUCGAGAUGUGAAGAUGGAGAAUAUCCUUCUGGAUGAACGAGGCUACCUGAAACUGACAGACUUUGGUCUGUCCUGCUACCUGCCCCAGGGAGCUCAAGCCUAUACUAUCUGUGGUACUCUUCAGUACAUGGCCCCAGAGGUCCUGAGUGGAGGGCCUUACAACCAUACUGCUGACUGGUGGUCCCUGGGUGUCUUGCUCUUUUCUUUAGCAACUGGAAAGUUCCCAGUGGCUGCAGAGAGAAAUCACGUAGCCAUGUUGGCAAGUGUGACCCACUAUGACUCUGAGAUGCCAGCUUCUCUUAACCAGGGCCUCUCUCGCCUGCUUCAUGAGCUCUUAUGUCAGAAUCCUCUCCACCGUCUGCAUCAUUUGCAUCACUUCCAGGUCCACCCUUUCUUUCGAGGUGUGGCCUUUGACCCAGAGCUCCUACAGAAGCAGCCAGUGAACUUUGUCAUGGAGACACGAGCUACCCAGCCCAGUCCAUUGGAAUCCAUGCUCUUCAAGGACUUCGACUGUAACCUGGAGUCCUACCUGGGCCACCCUGGCCUUGCUUGAGCCACUCUACUGUAGGAAUCUGAGGAUCUCUUCCACUGCCAACCCAGUAUGACUACCUUGAUGAUGCAGUUUGUUAUUACUUUGUAGCCUGUUACCAUUGAAAGAAUGUAUCCUUAAUCCUUUUGGCUAUCUCAUUUGUUUCUCUUUAGACAGCUUUUUAGCUUUAUUAUAUUUUUUUUUAGAGUUAUAGUGACCAAAAGUGUACAUUGGAUAAAACCCCUGAAUACUAGAAAAGUUAAUGGUUUCUAAAAUAGUAGUUGUGCAUGAUUAGAUAGGAAUAAUGGUGGAGCAGAAAAUAGGAGCCUGGCUCCCUGACACAUGAACCAUAAAACUAGCACUCAACUACAGAACUUCACCAGGUUAUUACAAGAGAAAUCAACAAACAUUCUCAUUUAACCCACUGCUGUGUUGGGUCUCUACUGCAGCAGCUGAACCUACAACCUGAUAAAGGAAUGAAUAUGUGUAUUAGUUAGCUAUUGCCACAGUAAUGUUAUAUAAGAAACCAUCCCAAAUGCAGUGGGUUGGAAUAUCAAUUCUCACCAGACUACAAGUUGCCUAGCAUAGCUAAAUGCUAAUGCUCUUCUGGCUGGGUCAGCUCUGCUUCUCCCUGUUGUUCCACAGAUCAGCCAGGGCAGCUUUUGCCACGUGUGUUUGUUAUGGGACCCAGGCCAGAGGGGCAGCAGCUACCCAAGAAAAGCAUAAGAGGGCAACCAGAAACCCAUCAGGCCUCUUCAAGCCCAGGCACAGAACUGGCACACUUUCAUUUCUGCCCAUUCCACAGGCCAAAGCAGUUCACAUGGCCAAACCCUGUGCCAGGGGAUAGGAAGUAAAUGAGACCAGGCAAGGUUGUGGGUGCAGGGAGGGGUGGGGAAUUAGGGCCAGUAAUUCUACCUGUCCCAGGAUGUGACUGAGUCCUGCUUUGGAGGUCACACACCCCAGCUCCACACCUCUAGGUGUCACCUAUAAAUGGAGCAUCGAAAUGGAGCAUCGUGAACGUUAACGUCCAUCCAUGUGAAGGCUCACCACAGUUCUCUUGUUAGGUCUGGAACCCUGAAAAGGCAAGAAUCCCAUCUUCCUCCCCCAAGUGCCUAUUUCCAGGCCCUGCCCUCAGUAAUGACCCACAUUUCUGAGUGAAUUUUAAGCCGUUUCUUCAUUCUCCCUAUAUGAAUCCUUAUGAAAUCCAGACUGACCUUCUAAAGGUCAGCGCAUAGUGCUAUGUAUUUGCCCCAUAAGCUGCAAAGGGACUGUAACAUUUGGAACUGGGAUUUGUAUUGCAGAUCCAAUACCAAAUCUUGUACCCACUGCCACCCCUAGGGACGUCCAAAGGAAAGGUCUUACAGAAGGUAAACAUCAAAACAGGUUAGUGGAGUUUUUCCAGAGACCAUUUGAAGCUGGAAAUAUUCUCAUCACCUGAAAUAUCCUGAGGAAGGCUGACUAAAGCACCGCCCUAGUCAGGGCCCCCAUCAUAGCUCCCGUGGCUCCUCAGAGUCUCUUGGCCCCUCUCAUCAAGCACAAUGGGUCCCAGAAGCUCCCCCUUAAUUGCUGCCUCUCCCAGCCAAACGUUGCACGCUAAAGGAGAACCGCCUGCAGGGAGCCCUGUGAACCCGAAAGAGCGCUGCUCCCAUCACCACCGCAUUCCAGGUGUGGGCAUGUGGGCGGGAGAUGGAUCUCAGGGCAGCAACUCAGGAUCAGUCACUACCUUUAUCUGGUCAUGGUGGCUGUUUUCCGCGGAGACAAUGGGGAGGCUCCCUUAUUUACCUUUGAAUUAUAUCAUGUUUGUAUUAGGGAUUUAAAAUAAAAUUUAAAAAACAAAUUGGGUAUUAGGAGUCCCUAGAUAAGGUCACUUUACUACGACAGUGACUUCCCUGGAGACGGCUUUGCAAUCUGCCUGAAACAAAAUAAGUUAACAGAUAUUAUGAUUUCACAUUUAAUUUUUUUCACAGUUUAAAUUAUAGCUCCUGCCACCAUCUCUCUGCUCUUAUGAGCUCAUGGGCAACAGGGUGAAAUAAUAAGUAGCAAGGUGACAUUAAAGGGACAACUCAACCAACUGCAGUCCUGGUUGGCAGCAUUUUUGUUUUUCCUGGGAAAUGUAAGAUGAUUGUGAUUUUAUUCUGCAUGAAUAAACAUGACCAUUAGUA